AUGGACACCCAGACCACUACGGCCGAACCCCAACAUUCUUACCCUCCUAGCCCCUGGACCACGACAUCAACGACAUCCACGACGACUACGACGACGACAGCUACGACCCCAACCCCGAGCAGCCAUAGUGCUCCCGACGGCUCGCUCCUCGGCGACGCGGCUGCUGCACAGUUCCAGCAGCCCCAGAUAGACUUCUUCCCCUUUCUCCUCCCCCAGCAGUCUAACAUCUACCACGCUCAGCUCCUCCACUACAACAAGCUCAUCUCGCCCGCCCGGGGAGGCGGUCUACAAACGCCGCCGCUCGCUCCUGUCGUCUCAGCCCCCCACAUCCAAGCCGCGCCCCGGUCGCGAUCUGCGAGCAAGACGUCGCUGAAGGACGGCUCAGCCGGCAAGGGAAGCACAGGAGGAGGAGGCCAUGGGAGCAGGUCACAUCAGAACUCAGACAAGAGCCGUACGGUCAUAGCCUCCAAGGAGGUUCCGCCCAAGAUGGCUCCCAAGCAAGCGGCCGACCUGUCGAGGAACCUGCCGCGCCGACCAGCACCUCCCCAGCAGGCACACUCUAGUUCAGUGCCCUCUACCCCCCAUCAACACGCUCGUCAGUUCUCCUUCGAGGAUCGCGAACCCUCACCCACCGCCACUACAAACCACUCCCCCCGUUCCGCCUACUCCGAGACCAACAGCACUCUGCCGUCGCUGCGGCCCCUGCCCCCUCGAUUAGGAGGAUGCAAAUACGAAACUGCUCAGAUAAAUUCGAGAAGGAGGAUACCGUACUCUGUUGGCAACGACCGCCUCGAGAAGCUGGACUUGCGAACGGUCAAGAGCAAGCUGACUGAGGAGGAGGAGAGGAAGUUGGCUACGGAUAUGCGCGAAGUCUUCGACCGGCUCCUACCCACCGAUUCGGUUGAAGAGAACCGCAAGAAGCUGGUGCUAAAAUUGGAGACGAUUUUCAACGAUGAGUGGCCGGGACACGACAUUAAGGUGCAUCUCUUUGGCUCCUCAGGGAACCUGCUAUGUUCGGAUGACUCGGAUGUUGAUAUUUGCAUUACAACCCCGUGGCACGAUCUGGAGGGUGUUUGUAUGAUCGCUGACCUCCUGGCACGACGGGGGAUGGAAAAAGUAGUGUGCAUUUCCGCAGCCAAGGUACCAAUCGUCAAGAUCUGGGAUCCUGAAUUGGGCCUUGCCUGCGAUAUGAAUGUCAACAAUACUCUUGCGCUGGAGAAUACCCGCAUGGUUCGCACAUAUGUCGAGGCCGAUCCUCGAGUCCGACAAUUAGCGAUGAUCAUUAAGCACUGGACAAGAAGGAGGAUAGUUAAUGAUGCUGCUUUCGGUGGUACUUUGAGUUCUUACACUUGGAUCUGCUUGAUUAUCGCAUUCCUGCAGCUUCGGAACCCGCCUGUUUUGCCCGCCCUCCACCAGUCGCCACACAAGCUGGCCAAACCAGAUGGAGCCGUGAGCGACUUUGCAGAUGAUCUGAAAAAGCUCUCUGGGUUUGGUAGCAAGAACAAGUCCUCAGUGGCUGAACUUCUUUUCCAGUUCUUUCGGUUCUACGCGCACGAAUUCGACUACGACAAGCACGCCCUUUCUGUGAGAUCCGGAAAGCUGGUGACCAAGACGGAAAAGAAGUGGCAUUAUGCGAUCAACAACCAGCUUUGCGUCGAGGAGCCUUUCAACGUUAACCGAAACCUGGGCAACACUGCGGAUGAAUACUCUUUUAGAGGUCUGCAUAUGGAACUCCGACGAGCGUUCGACUUAAUCGCGGAGGCAAAAUUUGAGGAGGCAUGCGAGCAGUACAUUUUCCCCAAGGAAGAGGAGCGUGUUUGGACUCGACCGCCACCUCAGUCUAGGCCCGUUUUGUUACGGAGCUCUUCACAGACUCACUCGGGUCGUGGCGGGCGGGGCAACCAUCGAGGAGGGCGGCACAACAACAACUUCCACCGGAACAACGGGAACCCCAACCGACGAGCGUCAUCGAGUGUUCCGACUUACGACACCAACAGCAUGUUUAUCCAACCUGUCAACAUGCCACAGGACCUGCAAUGGUAUCAAAACGCGCAGUUUCCGUACCAGGUUACGCAGCAGGAUCUCAUGACACAUAUGGCCUACCAACAGCAACUGCACCUAUAUGCUCACUCCCCAGCAUUUAUGCAACAUCAGGCUAUGGGUCAACAGCAGCAGAGGAUGUCGACGGGCACCGCCUCCGGACAGCAGUCAGCGGACCGCUCUAGGACCAACUCGUUCGACAAUGCGCCCCUCAGCGCCCCAAUCCGACCCGACCUCUAUGCUCUUUAUGGCAUGACGCUCGGCUCUCCGUACUUCCCCCAAGCUGGCGCUGGUUAUGGACAGUAUCCUACCUCGCCUGCGGCUACGAACGGUGCAAACCAAGAUUUCCGUCGGUCUCUGCAACGGUCUGUUGUGACCAAUGAGGGAGGGGUCUCCGCGUCGAGCAGCUCCCUAAGAUCGCACUCUCAACCAGCAUCGCGGUCACCGUCAUCCCAGCCCACAACGGGCUAUUUCGGAAGUCAGUCGAUCAAUGUUGCAGCCAAUGCCUCGUCGAGAAAUCUUAAUGUUGGCCCGAUCCCGAAUUUCACUCCCGACGAGGGCGAUUUAGACGAAACGCCCAAGGCGACGCAUGCUGACUCGCCACAGUCGGAGGAGGGCAAGUAUUCUUCAUUCUACUUGACAGAGAACUCAAGUCCCAGUAAGCAGUCACAGCCUCAGCAAGCUCCUAAUGGCCUCGCGUUCAGCGACCUGGCAAAGGAGAAUUCUGGUCCAGGACGACGCCGGCUAUCGACAGAUCAGCAUCCCCAAACGAUUCUUGAUCGCAGGAUGAGGAGGACAUCGCGCUCCCCUUCACCACUUGGACAUGCCCGGGCAUUCUCAUCAGCCACAUCUUCGGCUCCCGCUACAUCAGUUCCCCAAAAUAGGAACCUCGCACGUCCCUUGGUAGUGAAUGGAUCUGGUCUGAAGACAAGUAUGACCAAUACCAGCCCGCGUCAUCCCUCUGGAACGGAGAGCAAUGCGUCGGAGGAUUCUGGAACCUCGAGCUUCGAUAAUGCUCUCCUGGGGACUAUUGGCAAUACGGUCACAGGCUGCCAAGCUGACGGCUCUAUCACUACACCCGUCGCUGCCCCGGUCAGACAAGAUCCUUCGCCGACUCAAAGUGCCUCUGAUCGAGCACCAGUAGUCGCGAACGGGUCUAAUGCGCCGACCGCCGCUGCCGUGGCCACUGCGCCACCUGAGAAUGCCUCAUUUCAAGAGCGCAUUGCGAUGAUGAGCUCGUAUUACCUGAAUUCACCUCAGACUGCUCAAGAACCCACAGCUGUUGGAACCUCGCGGCUCUCGCCCUCUACCCGACAGCGAUUAAUGUCUCGGCAACCACAGAAUGGAGUGAUUGCUCCCCUCGACCUCGCAAUUUCAGACCACCGCAUUGAGCACCCAGUUGGGCCUGAAUUUUCGCACCUUUCUCCCGUGUACGAAAAUCGAACGCCGUCACCAACUGUCAUCCGAAAACCAGAUGGUCCUCUAAAACAGGAAAAGGGCAGCGCGCAGUCUAACGCGAAAGCAGGUCGAGGAGAUGCCUUCAAGACAAACACGAAGCCAGAUGAACGAGCACAGGAGGGCCCGAAAUCUCAGAAGUCACAGAAGCCAACUACUCAGGCGCAACGUUUGAACGGGUCGAAAGAAAAUGGCCAUGUUCGUGGUGCAAAGAGCGAGAGUGAUGGAGGAUGGCAAAAGGCCGGUGGCAAAGGAAAGAAAAAGGGCGCCAACGGUGCCAACGGUGUCAACGGGAUCGUCCAGCAAGCUAGCGAACAGCUUCCCAAACUUGAAUCGGAACGAAAGGGCGGUUAA